GCACACUAGUCAGGAAAAACGAGUUUGGAGACAUUCUGUUUUUCACCUCCCUCCUUUAUUUUUGUCUUCUUCUUGCUCUUUGUUUUUUGUAUUUAGUCUGACAGUAUCUUCGGAUGGUGUAACUGCCUUAGUUCUGCCUGUGACUUCUUCCAAGCGGAUCAUGAACCAUGGUCAGCCUUUCUCAGUCCUGAACGAGCGACUGAGGCCUCCCUUCACCACCAGCACUCAGCUGUACUCCACUCUGAACAGAAUGGAGGACAAUCAAUUGGGCUCGCUCAGGAGCAGAAACCCGUUUUACCGACCUACAGUCGUGCCAACAGAACCAAAAGCCUCCUUGACUCAAACAGAACCAGAAGACCCGAAGGAACCCGAAAACACCUCAGAGCAGGAAGAUCAAGUUUCUGAUGAAGGGACUUUUGCAGAUCUGUUGAAAAACUCAUUCCUUAUCACUGAGUUAAACUUAUCAGAUUUUGGAGAAGAUGAAACUGGUGACGAGGACAGAAGCGCCUCCUCUUCUGAGGAGAAAGAUCAUCCAGGGGAGCUGAACUCAGAGGGGGCCAGGGACUCUUCAGAGUCAGUGUCCAUCGAGGGUGAAGCCAGGAGACCUUUGCAGAGAAGCUACAUAAACAGAGCUUUGCCAGACCUGGUCGACAGUGGCAGGCCACUCGGCAGACGCCGGACACUGGGACAUGUCUCAGACACGUUAAAAGAAGUGCGAAGAGAGGUGGAGCUGUCCCGGAGAAGAAGUAUCAAGCUGAAGGCGCAGGUGGACAAACUCCAGGAGAGCAGAGAAGGGCCAGGAUGGAGCCAGCACAGAGAGAAGGUCACAGAGGAGGUUCGAUCCAUUCUGAAGCUGCUGCACCCUCUCACAGAGUCAGAGUCCAGCACACCUGAACCCACUCCUGGGACAAACCGUCUGGACGCGUCCCUGGCCCAGCUGCAGACAGUGGCCUGCAAACUGGCCUUGAGUCACACCAAACAGUCCAAAUCUGGAAAUGGAAAAGGAGAGGAAAGCGCUAUCCUGCAGCAGGCGUUACGGGACAGAGACGAGGCCAUAGAGAAGAAGAAGGCGAUGGAGGCCGAGUUGCUGCGAAGUAAAACAGACUUGAUGUUGUUGAACAAUCAGCUACUGGAAGCCGUACAGAAACGCCUGGAGCUGUCACUGGAGCUUGAGAACUGGAAGGAGGACGUUCAGCUGAUGCUCCACCAGCAGCUGCUGGCUCAGCAGCAGGCCGAGGCCCAGAAGAAGCCCUCCCGCCUGGGCAUCCUGAGAAGGAGCAACAAACCGCCCAUCCAGCGGCCAACCAACUUCCCCAUAUCUACGCCCGUUCCUCCCACAACCAACUCCAAACAAAUCUUUGUCCCAAGAUCCGCUGUUUCCACUGCUCCGACUCCCAGCACGCCUCCCCCCCAGCGCAACUGGAUGGACAAGCUGAGGAGGCCAAAGAGCAGCCGCUAUGACCAGGAUGCAGUGGAGCCGGAGCCAGAGGCAGACAAAGGUUUCCAGGUCGUUUCACUGGAUUAAAACAGUGAUGACUCGGCAGUGUACUUUUAUUCUGAUGCACAAUGCUCAUGUCAAAAUGUGUGGCUUAUCUUCACUGUUGUAUGAAAACAUGCUUUGGAUCUUUGAGUCAUGUUUGUAUAAAAUGUAAAUCUGAUUAUACAUGAGCCAUGUUAUUGUUUAAUAUUGUAACACUUGAAUGCUUUACUCUUUAUUUCCUGAUAUUCCAGUCAUUUUGUAAUAAAUCAAUGUCUUAAGCAAAAGCUCUUCCAAACCUGCUGCUGAGUCAAACUGCAGUUUCUUUGCCACUACAUCACUUUAAAUGCUGCACUGUCUGCACUUUAGCUAGUUGCAUUAAAAAGAGAAAAAAACAAA